AUGGCUGGGCCGGCUCCGCGCUGCCCCGACGGCUGCCGCUUCCUCGACGCAGAAGCAGCGAAGCCCCAAAAGAAGACCUGCACCCGAUGCAAGACCUGUGCACUGCUCUUUUGCGUCCUGGUGAUUUUUCUUAUUCUGGUAUUUUUUGGUGCCAAGUAUCUCUGGAGCCCAACGCCCAAAAAACUUUAUGGGCUCGAGCGGACCUUCCUCAGCGGCAGCGAGAAGCAGAAGGUCGUGAUGGAGAUCGACCCGCUGGCCAGGACUGAGACCUUCCGGACCGGCAACGGCAGCGAGGAGAUCCUGGAGAUCCACGACUUCAAAAACGGAAUAACCGGCAUCUUCUUCGUGGGGCUUCAGAAAUGCUUCAUCAAAACGCAGACUAAAGUGCUACCCGAGACCACGGAGGCCAAGAUCCCCGAACUCGAGGGAGAAGAAAUUACGAGCACCUACUUUGAGCAGUCCAUGGUCUGGGUGCCUGGAGAAAAGCCCAUUCAGAACAAGGAGUUUCUGAAGAGCUCCAAAAUCUUUGACAUCUGCAGAAACGUGACCAUCUACUGGAUCCACCCAACACUGAUAGCAGCUCCUGAGCUCGCCAGCCUCGGAGAGGGGGAAGAUGGCGCCGAGCUGCUUGCGGACAACCAGAGCUGGCUGGACGGGGACAGCGAGCGCGGGGUGGAGAAGGAUGCGCGAGCGGGGCCCAAGCGCCGGGCACGGCAGCUCACCGAGGAGGACCUGCCCGUCAACGACUAUGUGAAAAGCGUCAUUUCCCCUUCAUCCCACUACAAAAAGAGAGCAUGCACCAAUUUUAUCAUUUUAGGAGUCGUGCACAAAGCCAAGAGACCUGCAGCAGAUGGCCAGGAAGCUUAG